AUGGACAGGCUCAUCUGCCGCACUCUUGAUAUGGCAAGUUGGACGAGUGUAUUUCAGAAGUGCGCUGGGAUGUGGCGUUCGAGCUCGUGCGGGAAGCAGCGCAGCGUGGGGGGAGGGGACCGGUCCGCGUACCGGUUUGCAUCGCUCGGCAUAGGACUAACCGUUUUAUUAGCCGAGCGGUGCUCCACAAACUAUAGCCACCGGCCGAAGUUAGCAGCCCUAGCGAGCCGCACCCACAAGCGACACCUCGCCGUUCGCGUACCAAUCUGUACAGUACGCAACAAUAUUCCCGCACUAUUACAUACGCACUCUGUAGUUCGGACUGUGCUCAAUGGCGAUGUGUAUUACACUCGUUACGCG